GCUUCUCAAGAGGGGGCAGGCUUCCUGCGUCGGGGGAGGAUCUGUGGAGGACCUUUCCGUCCUCGCUUCCCGCAGCAGACAUACUGUACACACAAAUUGGUGUGUAGCCUACAUUCACCCGGGUCUUCUGCUUGCUUUUGUGAGAAAAAAGGACCGUGCCACCGUUUUUAACCGCAUGACAUGAUGAAAGACUACCGCGGUGUGGGCUUCGUAACAAUGUUGCCGUUGUAGCAACACCGCCGGACGACACCAAUGGUUUAUCUAACCGUAGCUCAGUGCGAGGGGCGCAUAAUCAAGCUGGGUUCCCCUGAUGUGAUGUUCGAUGUCAGCACCUGGAGGAUUCGCAACAUCUGGGACGGCGUGAAACUAGAGGUCGCCGGGAAUGUGAGCCCCGUUGUCCUGCAUAGCUUCACCCAAUUGGACCCCGACCUUCCGCUGUUGGAGAAUGCGACCCAUGAGAUUGGUGAGGAGGUGGAGGACGGGGUGGUAUACACCAUCACCCUGCGGAAGGUGCAGAUGCUCCACCACCGCCACCACGUUGGUGGCAGCGGGGCCGUUAAGGGCCAACGCUGGCUAGGUGUGGACGCAUCGCUCAGCCUGUAUGAGACGUGCAAGGUGCGCACCAUCAAGGCAGGCACGCUAGAGAAGCUGGUGGAGUACAUGGUGGCGGCGUUCCGGGGCAACGACUCCACCUACGUUACCAUCUUCCUCUGCACCUACCGCUCCUUCGCCUCCACCAAGCAGGUCCUGGACCUGCUGCUCAACAGGUAUGCCAAGCUCCAGCACCUGCCUGGCUCAGAGGGCCACAGACUGACUCAUGAUGAUCGCACAGAUCUGAGGAACACGAUAUCCUCCAUCUUGGGGGCAUGGCUUGACCAGUACUCUGAGGACUUCUGGAAUCCUCCGGAGUACAGCUGCCUGCGACGUCUCAUCUCCUACCUGCACCUCAACUUCCCGGGAUCGGACCUGGAACGCCGCGCCUGCAACCUCCUGGCCCACUUCCACCGCCGGCAGCUCCAAGAGCCCGAGAGUGAGUUGCUGGAUCAUGGCGGCUAUCCCUUCACCUUAUUGGAGGAGAAUGGCUACGAGGAUGACCGACUGGACUUUCUGAACUUUGACCCGGCGGUGGUGGCCGAGCAGUUCACCCUCAUGGACGCGGAGCUCUUUAAGAAGGUGGUCCCCUACCACUGUCUGGGGAGUAUCUGGUCGCACCGGGACAAGAAGGGCAAGGAGCAUCUGGCACCCACCAUCCGUGCCACUGUCACACAGUUCAACUGCGUCACCAACUGUGUCAUCGCCACCUGCUUGAGCGAGCGUUUGCUCAAACCUACACAGCGGGCCAAACUGGUGGAGCGCUGGAUCGAAGUGGCCAGGGAGUGUCGAAUCCUGAAGAAUUUUUCUUCGCUACGGGCCAUCCUUUCGGCUCUGCAGUGCAACCCAGUCCACCGGCUGAAGAGGACGUGGGAUGAGGUGUCCAGGGAAAACUUUCGCAUCUUCCACGAGUUGUCAGAAAUCUUCUCAGAUGAAAAUAACCAUUCGCUCAGCAGAGAGCUGCUCAUCAAGGAGGGCACUUCCAAAUUUGCCACCCUGGAAAUAAACCCCAAACGAGCCCAGAAGAGACAGCAGCAGCCCCGAGACCUGAGUGUGAUGCAGGGGACCAUUCCCUACCUGGGUACUUUCCUGACAGACCUAGUCAUGAUGGAUACUGCCAUGAAGGACUACCUGGACGGAGGGCUGAUACAUUUUGAGAAGAGGAGGAAGGAGUUUGAGGUGAUUGCCCAGAUCAAGCUUCUGCAGCUGGCCUGCAACAAUUAUAACUUCACCCGCAACAAGCGUUUCCGACAGUGGUUCUCCGGUGUGGACAAACUCACUGAGGCCGAGAGCUACAGUCAGUCGUGUGAGAUCGAGCCGCUGUCGGCGUCGGCCUCAAAUACUCUGAAAAAGAAGAACACGGGAAUCAUCAAACGCUGGAGCGAUCGCCAGCCGGCCAGCUCGGAGCCAGGCUACUGCAGUGCGGGCAGCUCUCACUCCAAGUCCUUUGACCAGCUGCGCUACGCCCCCUGCUUGGGGGGCUCAAGUGGAGGUGGAAGGGGUGACGGAGCAGACUCCCUGAGCGUCACCUCAGCCGGCUCCAGCAGCUCCGACGUCGAGGAGAUAAAUAUCAGCUUCAUCUCCGACUCGCCUGACGCCCACGAGCGAAAGACCUCCACGCCUUCCGUAAAACAUGCCAAUUCCACGUUAGGGAAGUGCGGCCCCUUGCCUGACCUGGCACCCACGUUCUGGGAGUCCACUUCUCUGUCCUCCUUGGACGCCUCUGGUGUGGGAUCUGGCUCGGGCUCCAGCAGCGCCUCCUCCUCCUCCAUGUCCUCCACGCCCGUGGUAGGGGCCGGCUCCCGCUCGCACAAGCGCUCCGUGUCGGGUGUGUCCAACUACUCGUCGCUGUCACUGCCCCUCUACAACCAGCAGGUGGACGAUUGCUGCAUCAUCCGGGUCAGCCUGGACGUGGACAACGGCAACAUGUACAAGAGCAUCUUGGUGACCAGUCAGGACAAGACGCCGGCGGUGAUCAGGAAGGCCAUGGUGAAACACAACCUGGACCGGGAGAGAGCGGAGGACUACGAACUGCUGCAGAAGAUCUCUGAGGAGAAAGAGCUGAAGAUUCCAGACAAUGCCAACGUUUUCUAUGCCAUGAACUCCUCGGCCAACUACGACUUUGUCCUGAAGAAACGUGGCUUCCCCAAGGUGGGCCGGACCAAGCAUGUGGCCAGCUCCACACUGCCGCGCAUGAAGCAGAACGGCCUGAAAAUCGGCAAGGGUAUCUUCUGAGGGGCUACACCAUGUCCUCGCCCACCUCUCGCUUCCUGCUGGGCUCUCUGGGUGCCACCUUUUAGUACCACCCUUGAUGUACCAUGGUAGAGGGGCCAGCCGCCAGCUCGGUCUUGUGUUCGGCGUCUGAGCGUCAAAGCCUCAGAGGACUAAUACAGCUGAGUGGGAUGGAAAGCCCUAUAGGCCAAUGAACUUGCACAAAUCACUUCCUGUUAGCUUCAGCUCUCUGUGGACGUCCUAAUCGAUAGUGAGCACUCAAGAAGGGAAAAUGGUAACUGUAUUUUAUCCAGGUGCGUCUGAAAAUGCCUUCCCUCUAAAGGAGUUACACUCCCUGUCAUUUCUACAGAACCCUCCCUCAGCCGAUGCUGUGUGUGUGUGUGUGUGUGUGUGUGUGUGUGUGUGUGUGUGUGUGUGUGUGUGUGUGUGUGUGUGUGUGUGUGUGUGUGUGUGUGUGUGUGUGUGUGUGUGUGUGUGUGUGUGUGUGUGUGUGUGUGUGUGUGUGUGUGUGUGUGUGUGUGUGUGUGGUGUGUAAAGUAUUCAAGCACUCAGAGAAAGAGCGAGAGAGAGAGAGAUGGACAGAGAUGGAAACAUGAAUGUUGUGAAAUGAACCGUGGUCUUUAAAUGUCUAGUCUUUUUGUUCUAUGUAGUGUAAAGGUAAAAAAGAAGAAUGAAAGGACUGUUCUGGUCUGCUCCCUCCUUUAUUUCUCUCUUUCAUUAAGGCCUGUUUUCCUUGUGUACCAGGGUAGGGGUCAGUUAAUUCAGGAGAUAAAUGAAGGAGAGGAAAAGAAAGAACUCUAAUUAAAACAUACUGGUCCACUCCGCGUGUGCCAAAGAGCAGAGAAGAGUGGACUAUGAGAUAUGAUCAUAGACCGUUUUUGGGGAGCAUAGAGAUUGCAGUGGGGGAGUGAGUUUGCUUGCUGUUGAGAGAUUCCUUGUCUAUGACUCUGAUGGAAGAUAAUCUGAUAUGACGAGUCCUUGGUUUGUAGUACCCCCAUGUCUAUCCAUUUCUUACAGUAUUGCAGCACUUAUGAUCAAACCUAACGGCCCUAAUUACCAGCAACCACAAGGAUAGGUGAAACAGAUCAGGGCAUGACUAUGUCAUCCAUUUGAGCUCCGGUGUGUCCGUAUAGCCUCUCCCUAGUCACAUUAUGUAAGUACUGCGUUAUGAAUGCAUUCAACUGUGCUGGUUGGUGACAGUGAUGGUUGCUGUAUGUUUGUGAAUAUUGGGGUCCGGGAGUCUACUGCCCUUAUGUCAUUCAUUGGACUUCCUAUCGGUGGUGUUGAUGGAAGUUGCUCCUAAGCCCUGAUUUUCAAGGUCAGUUUAUAUUCCUACGUCCUAUGACCAAGGUUAGGAUUGAGGUUGUGAACGCUAAACCUAGAUCUGUGGUUAAAGACAACUUCUGUAAUGUGUCAAUGAAUGAGGGAUGGCUCCUCUGUGCACAUCUCAAACUUGUUGUGUCAGUUCCCAGUUAAUGUGUAAGUGAGAGUUCAUCCCGGAAUGUGUGCCUCCCCAGGUGCCCAAAAUAUCUAUAUAUCAGAGUGGGGUGGGGGGGAUCUGUCAUAAAGAUGUCAACAUUUCAGGUUUCACAAAUGUUAGUCUGUGUGUGUGUGAAAGAGACUCUCUUCUGUGUCUGCAUUGUCGUUGGUAAAAGUAAGGGCCAACGACUGCACCGAUCAAACUAAGUUAGUCCCUCUCAGAAACACUGCCUGAUCAGGAAUAUGUCCUCAUGCCUCACCCUCUCACAAUGAUCCUCCUUAAAACCUUUGUGCCAUCGCUCUCCAUCGCUGUCUGAGACUCAGAACUCUUAACGAUUACCUGUUCAAUGUUUUUUCUAUGUUCUUUUUGUAUUUUUUUUGUAUUAUAAAAGACUCAAAGUCCUUUGUACUUUAGAUUUUUUGUGUGUGUUUUGCUUUAUUUAUUAACUUGUAAAUACUUUUGUAGCAUUUUACAUUUUGUUUUCUUUUCCCCAUGCAAUUUACAAAUGAAUAUGUAAAUAUAUAUGCGAUGGUUAUACCACUGUAUUUGCCACUUGUCUCCAUAUCCCUUUGACUUUGGUUGCUUUACAUCAACCCUGUCUUUUGGAUAAUGGUCAGUUUUGAUAUUGCUUUUCCCCCUUAUUGCGCUGUUUGUAAUGGAGAAAAACCCACCUAAUAAACACUUACCAUGUGUCAAAUCA